AUUUUAUUGUCUAUUCCAGGGGACGGGCAGUGUUCCUAAAGAGUAUAGAUGCGAGUAGUAAGAUCAAGGAUUCUAACUACAUUUACAAACUAAUGCACAACGUCAUGCAAGAUGUUGGGAGAAAAAAUCUUGUGCAGUUUGUUACGGAUAAUGGGAGUGCAUCUGUUAAGGCAGGGAAGGAUAUUCAGAGCAAGUAUCAUAUGUAUUGGACCCCCUGCGCAGCCCAUUGCAUCGAUCUCAUGCUGGAGGGGAUCGGGGAUAGGCCGUCGGUGAAGACUGUAAUUACUGAUGCACGGCUCAUCACAAACUUUGUAUACAACCACGGCUGGUUAUUAACCGCAAUGCACGAGAGGUGUGGUAGGGAUAUAGUGCGCCCCGGAGCGACGCGGUUUGCCACAAAUUAUAUCGCCUUAAGUAGCCUUCUCAAACACAAACAGAGGUUACGAGAGCUUUUCGCCUCUCAUGAUUACGUAGAAUGGAAAAAGAGGUUGACAAAAGUAACCUAUAGAAUUGAGGAGCUGGUGCUGGGAAAUUCAUUUUGGGAUAAAGUGCGUGGUGUUGUGGAUAUUCUAGAGCCCAUUUAUGCGGUGUUGAGGAUGGUGGACAAUGAGACAAAUCUGUCGAUGGGGUCGUUAUAUCCGCCUAUACAGCUAAUGAAAGAGGCCAUUAUGGUUAAAGCUCCCAAUGCAUAUAAGUGGGUGCAUGCAAUAAUAGACAACCGUUGGGAAAGGAUGCUUUCUCACCCACUACAUCAGGCUAUGUAUUUCCUGAAUCCCAAAUACCACUACAGCCGGAACCUCUUCGAAGAUAAUUCAUUAAAGAGGGCUGUGCAUGAGGUGUACGAUCACUUAUUCCCCGACUGUCCGGGGAAAGGCACCUUUGGUAGUGAGGUAAAUAUGUUCCGCACUUAUAUUCUCCUUAUCUUCAUCUCAAUCGUUAAAUACUUAUUCUAGUUGCUAUA